CUCUGGAAGCUCGUUGAUGAAGGAUAUCAUCCCCCUGGGGCCUGAGGAAUCUGCCAUGGACGUGGUCUUGAAGAAGAUCCGGGAGCUCUCUGAUUCGGACCACCGAGACCCCUUCAUGGUGGGCGACCUGGGAGUGUUGGCCAGCCGCCACCAGGCCUUCUGCCAGGCCCUGCCAAGGGUCUCGCCCUUCUAUGCGGUGAAGUGUAACAGCAGCCCCUGGGUGCUGCGUGUCCUGGCCGCCCUGGGCACAGGCUUCGACUGUGCCAGCCAGGGGGAGCUGGAGCAGGUGCUGGGCCUGGGCGUGGCCCCCUCACGCAUCAUCUAUGCCAACCCCUGCAAGCCCAUCUCCCACCUGCAGUAUGCUGCCCGCCAUGGGGUGCAGCUCCUGACCUUCGACAGUGAGGAGGAGCUGACCAAGGUGGCCCAGCACCACCCUGGGGCCAGGCUGGUCCUCCGACUGUGGACCGAGGACAGCCAGAGCCUCAUCCCCAUGAGCGCCAAGUUUGGGGCCAGCCUGGAGCUGUGUGGACACUUGCUCAAGUCCUCCCGAGACCUAGGCCUGGCUGUGGUGGGAGCCAGCUUCCACGUGGGCUCGGGCUGCCAGAAUCCCCACAGCUUUGCACAGGCCAUCGCCGACUGCCGGCACGUGUUCGAGAUGGGCCGUGGGGUCGGGCAUGACAUGAACAUCCUGGAUAUUGGAGGGGGCUUCCCCGGAGUGGAGGGCUCUGAGCCGGAGUUUGAGGAG